GAGUCCUCAUGUUGUGUCACUUAUCAAGAGUGGCUAAAAAUGGCUGUUUUUUGCUUUGUGUUAUUCUCCUUCACUCUCCUGCUGCCAGCAGCCAAAGGACUCUGCAUACAUGGUGUCUGCAAAGAGACGAAGCUACCUGGGAAACCCACAUUUGUAUCAGACAAUGUACCACCAAAAGUGCUGUACUGUCCGUCUGAUAUUGAACGCAUAGCGAGACAACACAGCGUGAUGGUAAUUUGGCAAGAGCCAGUGUUUGAAGACGACGUUGAUGGAAAAGCUAUAACAGUUAUGCCAAACAGACCCAACGGAUCAAUGUUUCCAAAAGGAGUAUUCGCGAUAAUUUACCAUGCUUUGGAUCGGUCUGGAAAUCAAGCGACUUGCCGAUUCACGAUAACUAUUCGUGCACCUGACAAUGUCUGCAGGGUUAGCAGUACACCGAAAAAUGGGGCUCUUGCUUGUAAACACGAUAAAACUGGAGUAACUCUUUGCGGUGUAGCAUGCCAGUCGGGAUUUGGGUUUGCAAAAACCAACUCAUUUAACAACGUUUACGAUUUCUACAUGUGCUCCCCAGAUGGAUCUGUGUAUGGCCUAAAUGAUUUCAGAUCUGGGAUAAAACUCAAUCCAGGAAAAGCGCCGUGGCCAGACUGUACAAACAAUUAUCAACCUGGUACUGCUACCAAACACUUCGCAACGAUGUCAGGACCAUGUUCUGACACCAAAACAACAGUUGCGCUGCAGACAAAGUUUUACAAUGCAAUCAACACAAAUCCAUUAGCAAGAACAGUUGCAUGCUCAACAUCAAGUUGCUUGCCUAGCAAUAUACUGGUCAAGUGCUAAAAGGGAAAGCGAUCCAUCAUUCAAGGAUAUUCAAUAAAUUAUCGUUGAUAAUUAGAGCAUUUAUUGUGGAUUUAAUUAAUUAAUGCUAUAAUACGAUAUCAUUUCCAAAGAUAUAGCGAA